UCCCUUUGGAAGGGUGAAAAUCAAGUUUAGUGCAACAUUUUUCGUUGCCAAAUGCGAUUGGCAACGAUUCAUUGGAGUGAAACGGUGAAGCAACAUGAGGCAAAUUGGCCUCCUGCAUUUUUGGGCAUUGUACUUCAUUCAUGUGGUCCGAUCGGAACAGUUCGAUAUUCCCAAUGCCGAUGGUAAUCAUAUGCAGGUCAUUUUCUCAGAGGAACUUCAGAAAUUCGUUCUGAAACCGGCUAAAGGUCAUGUCAUUACCAAAUACGAUUUCUUAGAGGGCAAAAUUGGCUAUCUUAAUUUUUGGGAAAACUAUUGCAUCAUCCUUCCAUUGGAUGCCCAAACUCUCAGCUUUCAGGACCAUUUGUCAAGGCUAAAAUCUGGAAUCCUUCCCAAAGAUAGAUUAUCAGACACCAUUUAUGUUGAAGAGUCAUUUCCCAAGUUCGACGACGCCUUGUGCGACCGACUACCUCGGUAUGAUGUGGUCAAUAAAGUUCUAAACCGGUCCAAAAGAUCGGUAGAAGAUCCAAACAUUUGGUACUAUCGGCGACACGCCAGGCGUUUCUCCGGGCAAACCCAAUCCCAAUUGAUGAGACACAGGAAUUGUCCAAAUGGCAGAAACUGCGAUGAAAAUGAUGAAGCUACCGCUCGAGCGUCAAGUGAUGGCGUGGAAUCGACGGUUUUAGCCGGUGGAAACUCCAUGGGACAAGCCCAAAGUCAAAUGUUUCCUUGGAUUAGUCCUUACAACAACAACUUUGGGUCCGGUUCCACUUUGAACUCGCAAUCAAGAGGCGAUCCAAUUGACGCCCACGGAAUGGCAGCAGGUCAACCACCCAAUCAUGCCGGGAAUUAUGGAGACCAAAUUCCAACUGUGGGCCAAAGCCAUCACCAGAAUCUUAAUUCAGGACCUUCACCCCCGGGGAACACACAUCACGUUCCAUAUCAGGAAAGGUCUACUCCAUUUACUGACAAACAUCGUUAUGGAGCCCCUGGGACGGUUGGUGGUAUUCGUCAAGGUAACAGGGAUCCAAGUGGUUCCAGGGGGUUCAGUGGGGACCCAAACUCGGGACAUGUUGCCAAAUAUGUUCCAUCGAAUGGUUUCGCCAAUCAACCUUUUGUGGCAAAUGAUGGCUUGUCGCGAAGGACAGGAUCGUUUCAACCGGGCACUAAUGUUUAUCAAGACAAGCAGAGCGAAGAAAGAUCCCAAGCAUCCAGUCAGGUUCGACACGGUGGACAAGGGUCCAUGGCAUCCGCCUCAAGUGGGGGUGGAUAUGGUGCUGGUGCAACGCAAAGCCAGGUUCAAGGAUCCUACUCUGGGACUGGGUCAUUCUCUGGUCAAUCCCAAUCCAGUGGGGGUUGGGGCCAAUCCUCGGCCAGCAAUAUUCAAGCUGGUCCAGCUGGUAGCUCAAGUCAAGCGGGUACUUCAAUCAAUGCUCGAUCGGGUUCGCAGACCCAAGUUCAAGUGGGACCAUCGGGGAAUUCCGCCAUUAACAGUCAGAGCUUAUAUAGACACGGAGGCUCGAGUACCAACUUACAAGCCAAUCAAAGAGGUGGCCAAGUUGGGGCUCAAGCCACUGGAGAAGGGGCAACCAAUAGCCAGGCCCAAAUCAGGUUUCAACCAGGAGCGAAUGCUCAAAAUGGAUUUUUAGGUGGAGGUCAAGCUUCCGCCCAAAGUCAAGGGUACAUGGGACAAGCUCAGAGUCAAUUGUUCGGUAAUCUGGAUAAUGGAAAAAUGUAUUCUGGGGCUGCUCAAGCAGGCUCUGGAACUAGAAGAGGACAGCAUGGCUCCUCCACUAGAAAUGAGGUCAGAAACAACGGUGAUCAACCACCAAACACUGGUUCAACAGACCAAGUUGGGAUGCAUCAUAAUCAAAAUCGGAGAAAGCAAUUUGGAUACAGGGGCGUAUCUGAACAUCGACCCCAACCAAUGGACGAGCACAUCCAAUCCUCACAGAGUGACUACCAUUAUGCUCCUGGCACGAGACACCGAUCAAACGGUCAACACUCUCUACCUCAGAACAAUGGUUAUACGACUGGACACUCUGGAACUGCUCAGACCAAUGACCAAUUAACACCCAUUUAUCAAAGGCGUAACACAAAUCAAGAGACACCGCCAUUGCAACCCGUUUCCGCCGCGACAUAUGCGCCACAACCCCCUGGAACAGGUGGCUAUCCAUCAGAUCCAAUGUCAAGCUACCCCCAAGAGGCAUCCACACGUCAGUCUCCAAAUCCAGUUGGACAGCCUUCACCACGCCCAAACUACCAACAGUCUCAGAAUGCUUAUGUCAAUCACAUGAGAGUGCAAGGAAAUCCUGAAGUUAGAUAUUCCAACGAUGCUAGUAACACAGCCAAUGGAAAGUUGUAUGAGGCUGGUCAGCAAGUUCCAGGAUUUCCAGGGUACAAAGUUCCCAAUGGAUACCGAGCUCGAGUAAUUUCCAGUGAAUCAGAAAGUGCCAGUGCCACUGUUCAAGGUCCAGGACAAGCCCAAACCCAAACUUUGAACAUCAAUUUCCCUUCCCAAAAUCGGUAUCCAUCACAAACGCCCGGUCACUUUGAUCGGUCAAAUGACGAGACCCAUCAUGCAAGGCAGUCACCUAAAGAGACGUAUACAAGAAGGCCCAACCCAAGUCUUUCGAAUCCAUACCAAGGCCAAGAAGCAAAUAAGGUUCCAGUGGCAAUUCCAGGUCAAAUUCCGAAUGGAGGAGCUCAAACAGACAAUGAACUGACAAACUAUUACGAUUAUUAUGAUUCUUACGGGAACGAACCCGAGUAUUAUUAUGAUGAUAUUCAAGGCAAGCCUCCUAAGAAAGAUCCGAACCAAAUUAUUUCAAGCUCUCGACCUGUUGUAACCCCGCCUCCAACGUUUUCAACGGGCUCAAACAUAAAAGGUUACCAAACACCUCGCCCUCCAUUCGGAGAAGGUCAAGAACGGGGAGAUAUUUCAUCCAGUUCGAGUUCCUCAAGACCGGACUCACAAAUUGGUUCCACAGGCAGACCUGUAUCCUCAAGUGAAGGCACCAACGUCGCGUCAAGAAGACAGCCUACUGACGAGUCAAGAUGCCAGGGUUUUGGGAACAAUCCAUGCUAUAAUAAGCCCUACUCUGGAUCUUUCCAAAUCACCGGUCAAGGAACUUACCAAUAUGUUCCCAGUUCAAGUGGGAACUAUCGGAGCCAUAGCUCAACCUACGGGGGUCAUUUUAAGGUGAGACCAUCAGGAGAAGACGAAAAGGACGAUUCGACAUGGAAAGAAACCAAUUACAGCCAGGCUUCCACUUGCGGUUAUUUCACGUUCUCCUGCAACAUCGCUUUAGGAUCCGAUCGACGCACAAAAAUAUGCUUCAAGGAUCCCAAUCAGUGCAAUUCUUAACGAGAACAUAUUUUGGGAGAAUGAAACAUUAUAGAAAUAUGCUCCAACCAUCGCAAUAAGCGAAAUUAGUUAUAAAAGAUCUGACCUACAAGUAUAAGAUAUUGCAUGCAACGGA